AUGGCCAGGUGCCAGGUGCCUUUCACGGACGGGACACCCCAUCCGCCGCAUCGCCAUGGAGACCGGGUCAUAGGCGACGUGGGAGAGGGGUUUGGGGGGGCGGCAUGCAUUAACUCCCGCAGAGUGAGGCGCGAAGGGAAAGGUUAUGUCGGAGAUGUGACGGUGGGCGAACAAACACUGCAUGUUGUUUGUGCUCACCGCGGCCCUGGAGAGGCGCGAGAGGAACGUGUCUGCCCAAACGUUCACCCGGACCUCCCACUGUCCGAGCACUUAGCCUCCCCCACCUCCCCCCCUACAUGUCUGAACCCCCUCCGCUGCAGGACCCCGGUGCGAGGGCGAGUGACCUGUAGCACCACGGCAGAGGUCUGCAGGCUGGGGGGCAGGAGGUCAGGGGGCCAGGGGAGCACAGGGGCAGAGGUCCUGGCUCGCGGGGGGAGAGGGGGAGAGGGGUCACCGUCUGCCCGUCUGCAGGACCCCGUGUUUACAACGGCAGCUCGAGCCAAGUUCAAGGGGAGACUGGGACACCAGGCUAGAUUAAGGGGCCAAGCAAGAGGAGGGUGGCAGGGGACCAAGGGAGAACAGGAGGACGGCCAGAUCAUCCACACCAUCUCCCACAACCGAGCGGCCCCUGCACCUCCAAGGCAAAGUCAUCCCCACUGUACCCCCCCUCGCUUGGCACCUCCAUGGGAUCUCCUCGCGAGCCUCGCCCUUGCCUCUCGCUCCAACCCCAGCGGGACGCGUCAAUGUGUGGAGAGAGAAAACACAUGCCAUCCACGGGAGAAUGAGACGUCCUGGCAGUGA